GCACUGGCAGCCUCGGUCCCUUUAAGAGGCCUCCACACGGGACCUCGCUUCCGCCAUGGCCGCUCAACUGCUGGAGGAGGACCUGGUGACUUGCUCCAUUUGCCUAGGUCGCUACCGCGACCCGGUGACACUGCCCUGUGGGCACAGCUUCUGCGGGAACUGCAUCCAGAACUCCUGGCGCUGCUGCGACAAGACGUGCCCAGAGUGUCGCCAGCCCUUCCCCGAGGGAGCCAAGCUCUGCCGCAACGUGACACUGAGCACCUUGCUGAAGGCGCUGCCCGGCGUGCUGCAGGCGCUGCCCGCCGCCGUCCCGCGCCCUGAGCCCGGCGCAGGCCACCGCGCACUCUGCCCACGCCACGGGAGACCGCUCGAGUUCUUCUGCCGCACCGAGGGCCUCUGCGCGUGCAGCGCUUGCACAGUGCACGAGUGUCGCCACCACGAGCGGGCGCUGCUGGACGUGGAGCGGCGCGUGCGCGAGGACCAGCUGAGAGCUAAAGUGAUGGUCACCCAGCAACAGGCCACCCAGGCAGAGACCCAGCUUCAGGAGCUGCAGCAGCAAAGGAGCCAGAUUGAGAGUUCAGCCUGCACCCUGACCUCAGUGAUCUCCAGAAGAUUCGGUAGCCUGCUACAGGUGCUGGAGAAGCGGCAGGCCAAGAUACUGAGAGAUAUAGAGAUGGCCAAGCAGCAAGCAGUGGGCCAGCUUCUGAAUGAGGAAGAGCGGCUGACUGGCCACCUGAAGGCCUUGGCUCAGUACGACCACAGUGUCCAGGGUCUCCUGGGGCAGGUGGAUGACGUCUUCUUCCAGGAAUUACAGCAGCUCUCAGAGCCCAUAGAGUCCCUCACGCCACUGGCCCCUCCUCCGUGGGAUGAAGAACAGCAGCUGAGCAUCGUGAAUGAGCUGCUCGGCCCACUGUGCGAGCUCCUCCUUGACCAGAACAGCCCCAAGGUAGCGGCCGAAGCUGCCGACGCUGGCCCUAUGGAGACUUUGGGUCCCCCGCCACCAGUCCCCAGCACAGUGUGUCCACUGAGGAAGAAACUCUGGCAGAAUUAUCGCAAUCUGACCUUUGACCCAGACACGGCCAACCAGUACUUACACUUGUCUCACAAGGACCAACAAGUGACACACCAUUUCCAGGCCCAGGGCCCAGCCAGGUCAGGCAGCUUCGAGCUGUGGCAGGUACAGUGUACCCAGAGUUUUCAGACUGGACACCACUACUGGGAGGUACGUGCCUCUGAUCACUCUGUCACCCUGGGCAUCGCUUACCCAAAACUACCACGCCGGAAGCUGGGGACCCACACGGACAACAUCGGUCGUGGACCCUACUCCUGGGGCCUCUGUGUCCAGGAGGACAGUAUCCAGGCCUGGCACAAUGGCAAAGCCCAGCGCCUGCGUGGGGUACCUGGACGGCUUCUAGGCAUAGAUUUGAACUUGACCUCGGGCUGCCUCACCUUCUACAGCUUAGAGCCACAUACCCAGCCGCUGCACACUUUCCACGCGGUUUUCAGCCAACCUCUCUUCCCCAUCUUCUGGCUCCUUGAGGGAAGGACCCUAACUCUUUGCCAACAGCCUGAAGCCAAGUUCCCUCCAGGGCCCCAGGAAGAGACCACAGCACUCAGCUGAGAAGGCACAGACAGGUGCCACCCUGCCUGUGUGCCCAAGAAUGGCUCAGCCUCUGGCUUGAAGAUCAAAGGUCACCGUUCUAAAAGGCAUAGCUGUUGGCUUCUCUGUUGACUCAGAGGACAGAGAUGGGAGAGGAGCCCCUAAAUUAAAGUUUUCUUAUUACUCUCUUUGAAGGGGCCAGAGAAAAAUUAAACAGAAGCCCCAGCCACAUUCUUGGCAUUGCCUGGACAUCUAUCUUAGUCACUGCUCUACUGCUCUGAGGGGAUACCAUGACUAAGGCAACUCUUAUAAAAGAAAGCAUUUAACUGGGAGCUUAUUUACAGUUUUGGAAGUUGAGUCCGUGAUUAUUAAGGCGGGAAGUAGACAGGCAUGGUGCUGGAGC